GCCAGCCUCCCUUCCCAACCCAACCAACCAUUCAUUCGUAUCCGUCGACCUGAGCUCCAAGCGCACAACAGAAAAGAGCGUCGUCGAGAACAACACGCCGAUCCAGGCAUCCAGCAGAUUAACUAACACAAGCGACUCAUCAUCCAUGGGAGCGGGAAUGAAGCGCGCGAGGGAGGAAGAGCAUGCAUCGCUGGCGCUGUCCCUUACCACUGACUCCGCGUCCUCCACGACGUCGGCGGAUUCGUCUGGCGCGGCGCCCAUGGCGGCCAGGAAGAGGGCGCGACGGGGGAGGAUGAUAGCAACUUCAGGAGAAGGGGAUUUCGUGUGCAAGACGUGCGGCCGCGCCUUCACGUCCUUCCAGGCUCUCGGUGGUCACCGGACCAGCCACCUCCGCGGCCGCAAUGGCCUCGAGCUCGGCGUCGGCGUCGCCAGGGCCAUUAGGGAGAAGAAGCGGAACGAGGAGCAGCAGCACGAGUGCCAUAUCUGCGGGCUAGGCUUCGAGAUGGGUCAGGCGCUCGAUCGGAGGACACAUGAGGCGGCACCGCGACGAGAGAUGGCGCUCACCCUCAGCGGCGCUGGCUCCGAUGCCAACGACCAAUGGCUCAUCUUGCGGCCGGAUAAGGAAGAGGUGGUGCGGCACGCUGCCCACCGGCAGCCAGUCUUGCUCGAGCUGUUCGUCUAGCUUGCACUAGCUGGAUCUGCUGACUGUUUCUAAUUAGAGAACCUGUAAAAUAAUUUUAGAAUGAGAUAUGUUCAUUGUUUGAUA